CCACCAGGUGCAGCAUCUCCACCUGUCACAGAUCUGUUGCUCAAGCUCGAGACUUUGAGACCGAAGCGACCCGUCCGUUCAGUGCGUCCGUUCGUUCGGGGGGUAGACGCCCGGUGUGCCGGACCCAUGUCACGCAUCAUCCGAAGAACCUGACAGGAACGGGUGAUUGAGUUGGGUUGACACGUGGUUGCCGAGCUGAAGAUGUGGCUUGCUCAAGACAUGGCACUUGAACUUCAUUGACGUGCCAUGCAGCCAAGUCAAUGGAUGCGGAUGAUGCCGAUGAGGAUGGGCUGGUGCUGUUGCGGGAGCCUCGCAGGCGCCUGGGUCGGGGCACCUCAAAGCCAACACGGCGCAGCUCCCCUGACAGACCCACACCGCGGGAAGCGCCAACGACUCAAGCCCCAACAACUCGGACGUCAACUUGUCCAGACUUCCGGGAAAAGACGGUCGACGAGCCGCGGAUGCCACACGAGCCGCGGACGCAGAUGCCGCACGAGCCGCCGGCGUCCACGGUUGCUGGCGCGAGGGGCUCGGGCGCCACAUCGUUGGUGGAGCUUAUCGACCGAGGCAUUUACGGCAUGGGCCCUGCCGGCCGCCGCGCGCGCCCCUCCGCGCCCCGCUCCGAGUCCCUGCCACCGGAGGGGAUCGCUGGAAGUUCCCGCGGUCGGGCGCGGUCGGGCCGAUGGGAUCAAGGCACGCGUGCGAGCCUGGAGCAGGCGGCAGCAGCUGGGUCAAGGCUGCGUGCACGAACGGCGCGGGGGAACUUGGCGCCACAGCAGCUGGAAGACUCGGAUCCCUGGGCAGCCUACUUUGGAGAGAAGGAUCGGGCAGAUCGGAGCGAUGUCCCGAUCUGGGGGCCGCCGCUGGUUCGGCGGCGCCGAGCCACGGCCGCGGAGCUCGGCGCCGUUCGCCGCGGAGCGUCGGGCGAGCUGACGACGGGGCACAUCCCCGUGCUGCGGGACGAGUCCAUUGAUUGCCUGCUAAGUGGAGCCGACGGGAGCGAUGGGUACUACGCGGAUGGCACCUUUGGUCGUGGUGGCCACGCCACGGAGAUCCUGCGGCGGCUCAGUGGCGCUGGACGGCUCUGGGCCUUCGACUUGGACCCCAAUGCGGUGGCCGUGGGACAGAAGCUGGAAGCGAUGGAUGAGCGCUUUACGAUGAUCCAUCGGCCCUUCGCCGACGUGAACGCCAGCCUACCUGCAGACGUGGAGUUGUCUGGGAUGCUUUUGGACAUUGGUUUUUCAAGUCCACAGGUGGAUGAUGGUGAGCGGGGUUGGAGUUGUUGUCAGGACGGGCCGUUGGACCUGCGGAUGAACUUCAAGGCUGGGAUCCCUGCGUGGAAAUGGCUGCAGACGACCACCCCUGCAGAGUUGGCCUCGGUGAUUUACGAGAACGGUGAGGACGACGACCCCAUCCUCUGUCAUCGCAUCGCGGAAGCGGCCUUGGAACGCCAGCGCCGGCUCGGUCCCUAUACCUCAACGCUGGAGUUGGCCACCUGCAUCCAGGAGGUGAAGCAAGGCUUGGAUGAUCGACGGCAACACCCGGCAAAGCUCGCAUUUCAGGGCAUUCGGAACUUCAUCAACCAGGAGAUGCAGCAGUUGGCGGAUGCCAUGGAAGCCCAGUUUCAACGCCUCAAGUAUGGCGGCCGAUCGGUGGUCAUCACCUUCAAGCCCAAGGAGGAGCAAGUCCUAGAGAACUGGUUGCGGCACAAUGAGGACGGCUGGGCCUCGCCCUUAGCCUCCAUGGUGAGUCCUGAUCGUCUGGGCGAACUCUUUCCGUUGCUCUCCACGGUGCAACCAUACUGCGCCCGACGCCUACAGCCGCCGCUGCGACCAACCAUGGAAGAGCUGCGCAGGAACAGCCGCGCACGCUCGGCGAUGGUGCACUGCUUCGUAAAGGAGCCUAGGAGGCCACCUUUCCAGAGGUUAGCUUCGCCGCUGACCGCGACCAAGCCGGGAGACUGGUUGUGUGUCUCUUGUCGUGCGGUGAACCUGGCAGCUGAAAAGACCUGCCGAGGUUGUAGAAAGACACGUCCUGCGUGGCAAGUGCCGUGCGGACAGAAACAUGUGCAGCGGGCGCGGCAGGGUUGAGGGCGAGGAUUUUCAACUGUACAGCUUUGGUCUAGAUUGAAAGGGGUA